AUGGGAUUCAGUGUUGGAAGGAGAAGGUUUCUCAAUGGUAUCAUUCUUGUGGCAGUAUGCCACCUUCUUCUGCUGUACAAAUCACUUUUAAUGAAUUGCUCCAUACCUGAUGAUCCCCUGCCUAUUCCUCAUGAAUUUUACCAGCCAGGUGACUUCAUUAUUGGUGCAGUUGUUUCGCAGGUGGGCUUCUUCUAUGAUGAAGUGUCUUUCACAAGUCAGUCUACAGAGGAAUUGUCCGAACUAACUAUGUACAGAUCAGUGCCUAAGAAUUACCAGCACCUUCUGGCCUUGGCAUUUGCUGUCAAAGAGAUCAAUGAGAAUCCCAAAAUUUUAUCCAAUCUGACUUUGGGGUUCCACAUUCUCAACAGCUACUAUGCUGCAAGGAUGACUUAUAAAGCAACUUUGAGCCUAUUUUCAACACCACAAAGAUUUGUCCCCAAUUUCAGAUGUCACAGCCAGAAUAUUCUGAUUGCUCUUGUUGGAGGAUGCAUCUCUGAGAUAACUGCCAAUGUGGCCACCCUUUCAGCAUGGUACAAGACUCCACAGAUGGUCCCAAAUGAAACCCACCAGUACAAAGGAGUUGUGACAUUACUGCAGCAUUUCAGAUGGACAUGGAUUGGACUUUUUGCUGUGGAUGAUGACAAAGGAGACCUUUUUGUACGAACUAUGGUGCCAAUGCUUUCCCAGAAUGGCAUUUGUUGUGCCUUCAUAUACAGAUUACCAUACUGGGCUUAUACAGAGGAGAUGGCCGAUUUAGUUUUUCAGCAUGGGCAAAGCUAUAACAACAUUACUGAGGGAAAAGCCAAUGUAUUUUUUGUAUAUGGUGAAAACCCAUCCUUUUAUUCUUUAAGAAUAUUACUGUUUACAACAACUUUCUUGGCAUCACCUCCACUGGGCAAAAUGUGGAUUGUUACUUCCCACUGGGAUUUUGAAUCACCGUCUAUGCAAAAAGACUGGGAUAUAGAAACUUUCCAUGGUUCCAUAUCUUUCACUGUCCACUCUAAUCAGCCUAAAGGGUUUAAAGGAUUUGCUCAAUCAAUUAAACCUUCUUGGACAAGAAGAGAUGGUUUUAUCCAGGGCUUUUGGGAAGGAUCAUUCAGUUGUUCUCUAGAUUCCUCAAAGAGGGAGGGGGAAGAAAAGCCCUGCACUGGGGAUGAAAACCUGGAGACUCUUCCUGGAACUUUGUUUGAAAUGACCAUGACUGGUCACAGCUACAGUGUCUACAAUGCUGUCUAUGCUAUCGCACAUGCAUUGCAUACUAGCAACAAGUCCAUCUUGAAACACAGAAGAUUGGCGCAUGGAUGGAAAUGGGCAUUUCAAAAUGUGCAGCCAUGGCAGCUCCAUCACUUUCUAAGUCGCAUCUCAUUCAACAACAGUGCUGGAGACACUGUGCACUUCAAUGAAAACAGAGAAAUAGUUGCAGGUUUUGACAUUACAAACUGGCUGAUGUUGCCCAAUGGCUCAGUGGUUAGAGUCAAAGUUGGAAAACUGGAUCUUCAGGCUCCCUCAGGCCAAGAAUUAACCAUUAACGAGGACCAAAUUGUCUGGCAUAACAUCUUCAAUCAGGUUCUACCCCUUUCUGUGUGUAAUGACAACUGCUAUCCUGGCUACAUGAGGAAAAAGAAGGAGGGACAAGCAUUUUGUUGCUAUGAUUGUGCUCCAUGUCAAGAAGGGACAAUAUCUAAUCAGAAAGAUAUGAAUGCCUGUGUAACAUGUCCAGAAGAUCAAUAUCCUAACAAAGACAAAACUCAGUGCAUUCCAAGGGUUGUAAGCUAUCUUUCUUACAAAGAAGCCUUAGGAGCCAUCUUAGCUACCCUUGCGAUUUCUCUCGUUUUCAUCACAAUCUUGUUGCUUCGGAUGUUUCUGAAGCACAAAGACACUCCCAUUGUCAGAGCAAACAAUCGGAGCAUCACCUAUGUUCUCCUCAUCUCCCUCCUCCUUUGCUUUGCAUGUGCUUUGCUGUUCAUUGGACAGCCUGGGAAGGUGACCUGCCUUCUCCGCCAAACAGUUUUUGGCCUUGUCUUCUCUGUAGCCAUUUCUAGCAUUUUGGCAAAGACAAUCAUGGUGGUUCUGGCAUUUAUGGCUACCAAACCAGGAUCCAGGAUGAGGACCUGGGUGGGGAAAAGAAUGGCAGUCUUGAUUGUACUUCCCUGCUCCUUUAUUCAGGCAGGGAUUUGUGUAGCUUGGCUAAGUACAUCGCCUCCAUUCCCACAUGUGGACAUGCACUCACUGGAUGGAAAAAUCAUUCUCGAAUGUAAUGAGGGCUCAGCCUCCAUGUUUUAUUGUGUCUUAGGCUAUUUAGCCUUUUUGGCCAUUGUUAGCUUCUUUGUGGCCUUCCUAGCCAGGAAGUUACCAGACAGUUUCAAUGAAGCCAAAUUUAUCACUUUCAGUAUGCUGGUGUUUUGCAGUGUGUGGGUGUCCUUUGUGCCAGCCUACCUGAGCACCAAAGGGAAAUACAUGGUGGCUGUGGAGAUCUUCUCCAUAUUGUCCUCUAGUGCAGGUUUACUAGCUUUCAUCUUUUUCCCCAAAUGCUAUAUUAUUAUUUUGAAGCCUGAGCUGAACAGCAGAGAUCAGCUCAGGAGAAUCAGACAUGAAAGAAUAUAG